GCGAUCCAGAGUCAUGAGGAUGGUGGACAUCUGGGACUAGAGCUGACUCUGCGUCGUACGCAGAGAAGAUACCAUUGGACCAACAUCAGAAAAGACGUCGAAACGGCGUGCGCAGCCUGCCAAAGGUGUCACCGUUUCGGUUCGAUGUCGAAGAGGAAGUCGUUGCAACACGUGCUAGCGAGAACAGCUCCUUUCGAGAUGGUCGCUGUCGACUAUGUGCAC